CCCGCAAGGUUUCUCCCCCUUCCUCCCCCCCCACCCCGCUCAUUAAGUGAUUAAACUGAAGACGCUCGUAUUUUAUUAAUAGAUCGAAGGUUAAAUAACCUGUAAUAUAAAACUCCUGGAAGUGGUUUAGAUUCGGACUUCGAGGAGGUUCGAAGGAGACCAAAGGUUUUUAGGACCUUUCCGAUCUCGGCUCUUUCUUCCGCCAAGGCCUUAGCUUCCCCGGGAGAGUCGGAGCUGCAGUCAUGUCGGCUGCCAUCGCCGCUCUGGCGGCUUCCUACGGCUCGGGCUCGGGGUCCGAUUCCGACUCCGACAACGAGAGCGGCCGCUGCUCCCUGCCCGCCGCCGACUCUCUUAUCCACCUAUCGAAAGCGCCUUCGGCCAAGCUCUCUCUGGUGGGGACCGUGGACGCGGCGCCGGAGGUGGCAGUUAAGGAAGAUGUGGAGACUGGAGUGCACCUUGAUCCUGCCAUUAAGGAAGUCCAGUACAAUCCUUCCUAUGAAACCAUGUUUGCUCCUGAGUUUGGACCAGAAAAUCCCUUUAGGACUCAACAGAUGGCUGCCCCUAGGAAUAUGCUUUCUGGAUAUGCUGAACCAACCCAUAUCAAUGAUUUCAUGUUUGAACAGCAGAGGCGAACUUUUGCAACCUAUGGCUAUGCAUUGGACCCCUCAUUAGAUAAUCAUCAAGUUUCUACUAAAUAUAUUGGGUCUGUAGAGGAAGCUGAGAAAAAUCAAGGUUUAACUGUGUUUGAAACUGGACAGAAAAAAACAGAAAAGAGAAAAAAGUUCAAAGAAAACGAUGCAUCAAAUAUUGAUGGUUUCUUGGGACCUUGGGCAAAAUAUGUAGAUGAAAAAGAAGUGGCUAAACCAUCAGAAGAAGAACAGAAAGAAUUAGAUGAAAUCACAGCCAAGAGGCAAAAGAAAGGCAAACAUGAGGAUGACAAACCUGGGGAAGAAAAGACCAUUUUACAUGUCAAAGAAAUGUAUGACUAUCAAGGCAGGUCUUAUCUUCAUGUUCCUCAAGAUGUCGGUGUUAAUCUCCGUUCUACAGUACCACCUGAGAAAUGUUAUCUUCCAAAAAAACAGAUUCAUGUUUGGUCUGGACAUACAAAGGGUGUCAGUGCUGUCAGGCUGUUUCCUCUUUCUGGCCAUUUGUUGCUGUCUUGUUCCAUGGACUGCAAAAUUAAGCUAUGGGAAGUUUAUGGAGAUCGGCGCUGUUUGAGAACAUUUGUUGGUCACAGUAAAGCUGUUAGAGAUAUCUGCUUUAAUGGUGUAGGAACUCAGUUCCUCAGUGCGGCAUAUGACAGGUACCUUAAGCUCUGGGACACUGAGACAGGUCAGUGUAUAUCAAGAUUUACAAACCGGAAAGUUCCUUAUUGUGUCAAGUUCAAUCCUGAUGAAGAUAAACAGAAUCUUUUUGUGGCUGGUAUGUCAGAUAAGAAGAUUGUACAAUGGGACAUCAGAAGUGGAGAGAUUGUACAAGAAUAUGACAGGCAUCUGGGAGCUGUCAACACCAUUGUGUUUGUGGAUGAGAAUAGGCGGUUUGUGAGCACUUCUGAUGACAAGAGCCUUCGAGUUUGGGAGUGGGACAUUCCUGUAGAUUUCAAAUACAUAGCAGAACCCAGUAUGCACUCAAUGCCUGCAGUGACUUUAUCUCCAAAUGGGAAGUGGUUGGCAUGUCAGUCCAUGGACAAUCAAAUUUUAAUUUUCGGGGCACAGAACAGAUUCAGAUUAAAUAAGAAAAAAAUAUUUAAAGGGCACAUGGUGGCAGGUUAUGCUUGUCAGGUGGACUUUUCUCCGGAUAUGAGCUACGUGAUAUCAGGAGAUGGAAAUGGAAAAUUAAAUAUUUGGGACUGGAAGACUACAAAACUCUAUAGUCGAUUUAAAGCUCAUGAUAAAGUAUGCAUAGGUGCUGUGUGGCACCCACAUGAAACGUCUAAGGUUAUAACUUGUGGCUGGGAUGGUCUUAUUAAAUUAUGGGAUUAACCCUCAAACUAGGGUCUUUUUGAUUCGAUGACCUAUUUAACUGUAUUUGAUUAUUAAAUGUGUUGGGUGGCAAUUUCUAUUUCGCAGAUACGUGCUCUUUACACAGACUUAUGACUCCGUACAAAUAUACAAUUUGUUUUGUAAUUUUGAUUUAUGUAAUUUCAUUCUGGUCUUUAUAGGUGUCACCAAAAGAAGCAAUGCCUAGUGACAUCCCUUUUCAAUUGCCAAGGUUUCCUAUCAGUUAUAAAUUGUGAGAACUUUUUGAUCCAUAUCUCCUUACUGUUCAUGGAAUCCACCUGGUCUUCCCCAUUGGAUUUUGUGAUUCCUAACAGUUGAAGGAAUUAAUAAAGGAACAAACACAUAGGUCUCCAAGAAAGCAGAAAAUAAAGACUUCAUUGAUUUCAUUGUACAUAAAUCUAAAGGAAGAACAAGCUGUUGAGUCAACAGCUUUUCUUUUCCUCUACACUUUUCUACAUACCCAGUUCCAAUAAGUCACAAAACCUUGUGAGCUCUAUUGUUUCUCCGUAGGAUCCUUUUUUUCUUGUUGUUUUUAAAUCUCUUCAGUUCCAAGUUAUCACUUUCCUUUGGCUACAGUUUAGUUAAUAUGAGCAGUUAUGAAAUAAAAAAUAGACCAAAGUCCUUCUCCUUGACCUUCCCAAUGCAGGCAGAUCAGUGCCCUUUAAUCAUAAAAUUAAAUUAUUUCUGAACAGGUACUCAUGUGGAGGGUGAAUUGGGUCUGCAUUAUUGUGUCAUGAAGUGCACAGAAUAUGCAUUUAUUCUUUCAGGAACAUAACUCCUGAUUAACACAAAUAAAUCAUCUGAGAACUUGUGACAGUCUUUUUGAAAGGACUACCUAAUCGCACUUUAAUUUUGACAAGCCAUCUCCUUUUAUUAGUUUCUAGGAAGCUACUUUUUGUUGUUUCAGAAAUAUUUUGUUGUAAACUGAUAUAAAUAGGAAAGGCACCGUGUUGGAAAAGACUAGGGAGAUUACCUAAAGUGGAAAGCUACCUAGGAUGCUGCGCUGAAGACCAAGGGAAAGCUUAGUGUUGACAACCCUGAAUGCAUUAAGUGCUCGAUUGAUCCACUUCCUAGAAGAUUUCUUAUUAAGCACAUAUAUACUGUCAUUACAAAACUUGUAGAAAUGUGUGAUCUUUGCCCUCAUAGAAACUUCAUUUUUAAAGAAUAUGGCACCUCUGGGCCAACAACCACAUAUAAAGAUGUUUUUUGUUUCCCCCAUGCUAAAAGCAACAUUUAGAAGAGAAGAAAAGAAAGAAAAGGAGGAGAGGUUCUUUGUUGGGUACUGCUCAUUCAAAGAAAUGAAGACUAUCUGAACUACAGAUAGACUACAUCUGCCAGGCAGAGGCGGUUGUCUAAUUUCCCAAAUGGGAAGUAUGCAGGCAAGUUCUUAACCUGAACUUUAGUCUGAAUGUUAACUACUAACAAAUGUGAAUUAUUGAUUUGUGAUGAGACAAAGAAUUAAUCAUAGGCUUAAGACUACAUCUUAUUCAGUACUAGGAUUGUGUGUACAACAAAUUGUAUUUUCUAAAACUUAAGAUAGUUGUUGUAUAGUGUUUUUUGACUGUUUCCAGACUAAAUAACUGUACAUAAAAGUUCUCUUUUUAAAGAGCCUAUUUUUAAAUAUAUCUUUUUACAGAAAAAUUA